CUUAACCUGAAGUACCACUGUAUUUUUCUUUUCUUUUUUAAAAAAAGGGCUGAGGUUUUAUUUUUAUUUUUUAAUACCGCUCCACCCACAUCCCUCGAUUACAUCAAAAAUAAAGCCCAGUACGACCGCCCUGAUACAAAUCGAUGAUUUGACUCCUCCCUCUUUCUUCACAGUUUGGCUUCUACCUGACGCGCCCAUUCUGAUUCUGGAUGCGGCUUUGAUGUGGCUCCAUCGCAGUGGUCCACCCCCUGCUACGUUGUCAACGCCGGCCCCCUCGACGGGAGCCCAGAUGCCUCCUUCCUCUGUGGCCUCCCCACUCAGCGAGUGUGGCAGCUGCCUGCUGAUCAUGACAGGCAUCGCCUUCGUUGCCGGCCUUUUCAUCGUGAUCUCGGCCAUCCUCUGCGACCGGGUCUUCCGUGGGUCCCUGCCCUCAGAAAGAAGGGGGCUGCCGUCUGUCUGGAGGCAAGGCGGGACGCUGUGGAUCGAGCCUUCCAGGAGCCGCAGGGAGCCAGAUCUCCUAUCUAGGCCGUCAGAAACGGUGCCCCUUUGGAUCCAGCGCUCAAACGACUGGUUUCUGGAGCAAGGGAGCUGCGAUUCCCCCGAAGAUACCCAGAUGGAGACGCAGAGCCCAAGCAGCUCUGCCCCUUUCUGGGAUGACGGCGAACCCACCUGGCGGAUCCAGCCACGCGUCACCCUGCAGGACCUAGAGAGCUUUUUCCAGCACAGCGGUCGGGGUACCUAGAGUAUUCCGUGCCUGGUUUCACUUAAGGCGCCCAAGACCUUCCCUGCCCACUCCACUCCUUCCUGAAUCCAAGAAAGCUCAAAGGUCACUGUGGGGUGUGAGAUGGAAAAUUUCACUCUUGGGGUGUUAGGGCUUGGGUGGGAGUGUGUGGGAAAUGGGCAAGAAAACAUCUGGGGGGGUUUUUAAUACCCUGCUGGUUGGUGUAAACAUAGGCUAUGAUUAAAGGACACCGGGAAGGAGAAUUCUGGGACCAAGGAGUUAACGUCUCAGUGUGCUGGAGAAGGAGGCAAAAAUGGAAAGUUGUUUUUUUAAAAAAAUAAGUAAUGAGAAAACCCACAGACGUUUUGCUUCAUCAAAUACCCAUUUUUAAAGCUUUCCAACAUGACUCAUUUCAUACAUCUCCCAUGCAAAAUAUGCCAUUUCGGCUUAAAGGGUUGGGGCCCUCUGGUUUCCUACAAGUGACCAGCCCUUAAGGACUUCCUCCCCGCACAUUAAACUGCCCAAACAGGAAGAUCGUACGGUCACAGUGGGCUUCAGAGCUCAACUAGACCAACCCGCUGCUGAUGCAGGAUGAAAGCAGGCUUUCAAAAACUGCAACUGUGCGUCUGACAUGCGCAAGAGUGAAUGUGGCAACGAAGCAAAAUGGUGGAUGUUUUGUAAUGGUUCUUGUCCUCUUGGCAGUUUAUGCUAAUAUGCUGAUUUAAAAAAAAUAUGGUUGACCUGCGGCUUGUUUUAUAUUGUAUUACAGUAGGCAGCAUUUUAAGUUUGUAUAGAAAAUAAUAAAUAAUUUAAAAUAA